AUGAGUUCAUCAUUAUUAAAAGGUGUCUUCAAGAGAGAGUCAGGUGAAAGACGGUAUCGAAGACAAAUGAAGAAAGAUAACACUUCAGUUGAUGAAAUGGGUGACAUGCUGUCCACUCCAUUCAUGUCAUCUACAACAAAUGAACAAAAUCACAGUGUUAUGACGAAAGAUUCAAAUCCGGAAGUUUACGUAACAUUUUCGGUGCGAAUAUAUUUGAAGGAAGGACACAAUUUGGUGAUUCGAGAUGCUUCAGGAAGCAGUGAUCCGUACGUCAAAUUUAAAUAUAAAAGUCGAACUUAUUUCAAAAGUUCAACAAUUUAUAAGAAUUUAAAUCCAAUUUGGGAUGAAGAAUUUACAUUAUUAAUAGACGAUCCUACCACACCAAUUUGUAUGGACGUAUAUGAUUAUGACCGUUGGGCAACUGAUGACUAUAUGGGUGGCGCUGUUAUCGAUCUCAGUCAAUUAAGACUUUUUCAGAUGACAACAAUGAAAUUGAAACUGCGGGAAGAAGGGAAUGAUGAAAAUAUGGGUGAAGUCGAUGUUGUGAUCACAAUUUCUCCUCUAACUGCUUGUGAAAAAGAUGAGUUUUUAAAAAAAGCAACGCGUGGAAUAAUUAGUGAACGACCGAAAAGGACACCUCAAAAAAUGACACAAGUUUGGUCAUCAAUUGUAAACAUUGUUUUAAUCGAAGGGCGAAAUUUGAUGAUGGCAGAUAACCCCGAAAACAAUUUUCCAGAUCCGUUUGUAAAAUUUAAACUUGGAAGCGAGAAAUAUAAAAGCAGGCCCGUAAUACGGAGCAGUAAUCCGAAAUGGUUGGAGCAAUUCGAUCUGCAUAUGUUCGAUGAACCAAAACAUACACUUGAGAUGAUGGUUAUUGAUAAGAAAACGAAUUUAGAUAUUGGGAGAUGCAGUUUAGAUUUAGACAAGUUGGAAAAAGAAACUCCGAAUCAGAUGUUUUGUGAACUUGAUCGUGGUACUGGUUCCAUUCUCGUUCUCAUAUCAGUAACAGGUACAUCGUCUACCGAUGCAAUUAUUGAUUUGUCUGAUUUUUCCGGUGAUGAUGUAAGGAAUGCUAUCAUUGAAAAAUAUAGUUUGCGAAGAACGCAUGAAUGCUUCCGUGAUAUUGGUUUUCUUACUGUGAAAGGUUAA